CGAGAGGAACCUUGCAGCUGAGCAGCCGCCGCCUCCGCUGUCGUACUUUGGGACCUCCUCCACUCGUGACGUGGCGCUGACUGGCAGCUCCUGCGUGCAGCCGCAGCCGCCGCCACUGACGUCAUCCGCAGGCCCUGCGCCGCCGCCGCCGCCGCCGCUGCAGCAGCAGCAACCUGGCGCCGCCGGCGGCCGCUUGUCUGCUCGCUCUAGCGGCCGUCACUUGCUGCUUCCGAGCAACAACACCUACUUUCCUGCUGCCGCCGCCACCGCCGCUGCUGCCGCGGCAGGGAAUCGUAUGAGUGGCGGCGGUUGCGGUGUGAGUGUGGCGAGCGCCGACUCGUUCGACCGGCCUCCCUCGGAGCUGGAGGCGUACGGCAGCACCGGGGAGCGGCCCGCGGUGGAGGAGCUGGCGGCGCUGGUGGCCUCGCUCAAGGAUGAGAUGGCGGG